UUUCUCCUUGUUGAAUUUACCUUCUUUUUUUCUUUUUCUUCUUUUCUUACUUUGAAUCCGUCAACCAAGUAAUUUACACCGUUGAUCUUUCUGAUUACGGGCAGCCAUGGCUGCUAUUUCAUCCAUCUCCUAUUUUCAUUUAUUUACACUUUCUCGAUCUCUCGACGUCCCUCGAAACCUAACAUUGAUCCCCAUUUCCCAUGAGUUUUGGGGGUUUCUCUUUAACCGCUAAAACCAUUGAUCUCUGUUGCCGCAAGGAAGAAGCUCAGUGUUAAAGAACUGUCCUUUGAGGGUUUUGGCACUUACCCUUUUACUUAUUCAGUUUCUUGUAAACUGGGUUGCUUUUAUUCUUUGCUGUUUGGUUGUCUAUGAUUUUUUUUUUGAUUUUUGUGGUAUUUGUGUGAAGAGAGAAAUUUGAGUUGGUAGUUGGUUGAUGUUGUGUAUUGUUUGUUCUAUGGCUAAUUGCAAGAAACUGCGUUUGAAAGAUGCAGCUCUUAAACGUUUGCUAUCUGUAGUUGUAGUUACCUUAUUAGGAGUUUUACUUUUGAUAGUUUCUCUUAGGACCAAUACAACACCAGGUUUAAGUGAAUUAGAUGAAGAUUUAAGUGAAUUCACUGAUAUUCAGAGCUUUAGUGAGAAACUCAACCUUCCUAAACAGAAUGAGUUUUCGAUUCGAUUGGCAAAGAUAAACCAGAUGCCCCCUAGGAAUAGAGAUCUGUAUCCUAAGUUAGCUAAAGAUCAUAUAACCAUUGUUUUAUACGUGCAUAAUCGGCCGCAAUAUCUCCAAGUGGUUGUUAAGAGCUUGUCCAAGGUUGUGGGCAUAAGUGAAACAUUGUUGAUAGUUAGCCACGAUGGCUACUUUGAAGACAUGAAUAAGAUUGUGGAAGGGAUCAAAUUUUGCCAAGUGAAGCAGAUAUUUGCCCCGUUUUCGCCUCAUGUGUUUCCCGACAGUUUUCCAGGUGUUUCAUCAAAUGACUGUAAGGAAAAAGAUGAUGCUGGGAAGAAACAUUGUGUUGGGAGUCCUGAUCAGUAUGGGAACCACCGGUCUCCGAGGAUAGUUUCUUUGAAGCAUCAUUGGUGGUGGAUGAUGAACACUGUGUGGGAUGGGUUGAAGGAGACCAGAGGGCACAAUGGGCAUAUUCUUUUCAUAGAGGAGGAUCACUUCAUUUACCCCAACGCAUAUCGCAACCUACAGCUUCUUGUUUCGCUGAAGCCUAUCAAAUGCCCGGAUUGCUAUGCUGCAAAUCUGGCACCUUGUGAUGUGAAUUUAAGAGGGGAAGGAUGGGAUAGUUUGAUUGCAGAGAGAAUGGGAAAUGUAGGUUAUGCCUUCAAUUGGACUGUUUGGAGAAAAAUCCACAGGAAGGCUAAAGAGUUUUGCUUCUUUGAUGAUUACAAUUGGGAUAUAACAAUGUGGGCGACAGUCUAUCCUUCGUUUGGCAGUCCAGUGUACACGUUACGAGGUCCAAGGACUAGUGCAGUUCACUUCGGGAAAUGCGGUUUGCAUCAGGGCCAAGGGCAGACUAAUGCUUGCAUUGAUAAUGGAUCAGUGAACAUGCAAGUAGAUGACAUUGAUAGGGUUGCUAAUAUCAGAUCAGAAUGGGGUGUCCAUGUGUAUGACAAUCAACCUGGGUAUAAAGCUGGGUUUAAGGGCUGGGGUGGCUGGGGGGAUGACAGAGAUCGUCAAUUAUGCUUGAAUUUCGCUCAAAUGUACCAUUCGUACAACACUUCUCUUUCAGCUGUGACGAUGAGUUGAGAUUUGAGCAUCUCGGAUUUCAUACUGUUGUAACUGGUGAGAUCUACAUUAUUUUCUUCAAUAGUUUAUAGAAACACGUAUAAAUUCAAAGUUGUUAUAGUUUUGUAUCAUCGAGAUCGUAUCUCAUUCUUUCUCCAAAUUGGCUGCUUGUCUUUGGAGCAACAUGGAGAGCAAUAAGUUUGUGUUGGCAGUAGUGGAUUCUUUUGAGCUCAGAUUGCUUUGUAAGUUGGUUGACAUACAAAAUUUUCUUUACCAUAUUAGUAAAUGGAAACACACACCAACAGCUAUGUGAUUCUAUCA